GCGGGGGCGGGGGGGGGGGGGGCGUGGACUUGCCGAAGGUGCCGAGGAACCCGGGGGGCAGCGCGGACGGGAACCGCCGGGCCGCCAUUUUUAACCUCCGUCUUUGUCAGAUCGUCGGAGGCGCCCGGGGGGGGGGGGGGGGGAGGGAGGCGGGGCGGAACCGGCUGAGCGACAGCGGCGGCGGCCAAUCGGCGGCAGGCGGGACCGGCCCGGCCAAUCGGAUCAGCGGCUGCAGAGGCGGGACCUAUUCGGGCGUGACGGACAGCGGCGGCCGCCCAAUCGGCAGCGGCCCCAGGGCGGGGGCGGGACCAGCGAGACGUGAGCGACAGCGGCGGCGGCCAAUCAGGGACGGCGGCCGGACCACGUCGUAGCCAAUCAGUGAGGAGAGGGGAAUGACGGGGGUGUGUGAGCGGCCGGCCCGCUGAGCCCCCACCCCAUGGAGUUCCCGGACCACGGGCGGCUGCUGCUGCACAGCCUGAGGGAGCAGCGGCACCAGGGCUUCCUGUGCGACUGCGCCGUGCUGGUGGGGACGGUGCAGUUUGCGGCCCACCGCGCCGUGCUGGCCACCUUCAGCACCUACUUCCACACCGUCUACAAGGAGGAGGCCUCAGCAUCGGCGGGGGCGGGGACGGGGACGGGGACGGCAAUGGUGGAGCUGGACGACGAGAUCGUGACGGCCGCGGCCUUCUCCCUCCUGCUGGAGUUCAUGUACGAGGGGCGGCUGCGCUUUGGCGGGGCCCCGGCCGAGGACGUGCUGGCCGCCGCUAGCUUCCUCCACAUGAACGACGUGGUGAAGGUGUGCAAGGGCCGGCUGAAGGCCAGGGCCCUGACCGAGGCCGACAGCACCAGGAAGGAGGACGAGGGGCCCCCUCUCGUCCCCGGCGUCUCGUACGGCGGCGUUCCGGUCCCCGCCAUCGCCCCGCAGCAGCAGCAGCACCAGCAACACCGGGGCCCCGAGUCCCAGGCCUCUGCCUCGGCCUCCUGCCUCUUCCCGCUGGCCGAGCAGCGACACUCCCAGGCCCGCCACCACCAACACCACCACCACCACCACCACCAACACCACCAACAACAACAACUCCAACUCAGGCCCGAGGCGGACCCGUCCCGCUGGCCCUCGGACCCGGCCGACACCACCCAGCCCGGCAUGGAGACCGAAGCCAAGGCGGAGAACGUCCUCUCCAGCCCCUCUUGCUCGUCCACCGAGUCGGCUCCGUAUGGGGGAGCGGCCGGGCCGCUGGAGGCCUCGGGCCCCUGGCGUCGAGGAGGAGGAGGAGGAGGAGGAGAGGCCUCCUCGGGCGUCUGCUCGAGCCCCGGGGCCCGGCAGCGGCGCCGAGCAGGAGGACGAGGAGGAAGAGAGGAGGAGAGGGAAGACGGCGACCUGAUCGCCGGCCGCCAUCUUGAAGGACAAGAUGGCCACCUGGUCGCCGGCCGCCAUCUUGAAGGACAAGAUGGCCACCUGGUCGCCGGCCGCCAUCUUGACGGACAAGAUGGCCACCUGGUCGCCGGCCGCCAUCUUGAAGGGCAAGAUGGCCACCUGGUCGCCGGCCGCCAUCUUGAAGGACAAGAUGGCGACCUGAUCACCGUGAAAGUCGAAGACGGGCUGUUCUCGGAGGACGAGGACCCUCGACGGCCGUCUGGACCAUGUCUACCCCACCCCGAGCCCAGCGGGCACAUUGUCAUCUCGGACGAGGACGAGAUGCUGUCGGAGGACGACCUAGUCUACUCGGGGCCGGGCCUGUACGGGGCGGCGGCGGGCGGCGGCGAGAACCUGUCGGCCAAGCUCUACUUCCACGACCUGGGGUUGUCGGGGGCGACGGGGCCGUUGCCGGGGCCGGAGGACGAGCUGCCCACCUGCUCGUCGUGCGGCAAGACUUUCUCGUGCACCUACAGCCUGAAGCGCCACGCCCUGGUCCACACCCGCGAGCGGCCCCACAGCUGCCGCUUCUGCCUGCGCCGCUACUCCCAGUCCGGGGACCUGUACCGCCACAUGCGCAAGUACCACAACCAGCCGUCCCCGCCCGCUGCCACCGCGACCCCCAUCACGGGGCCGGCACCGGCCUCCGCCCAGGCCAGGCUGGACUCCUCCAGUGGGAGCUGGAAGUGGAUGGACAGGCCGCCCUCAGAACCAUGGAAGUAGAUGCUGCUGGAUCCCUUCCUCCCUCUCC